ACCGCGCGCUGUAAAGCUUCUCAUUCAACAGAAUCAUACACUUUUUGAAGAGUAUUUACACUUUUUAUAAGCAUCGUCUCUGUGGGCACAGAUGGAACACAACGAGAUAUUUUUUCCAUCUGAAAUUCUGAGGGCAUCAUCCUCAAUAGUUUCGGCAUCUUGAAGAAAACGUGCAAAGGGAUUUGGAAAAUGCGCAAACGCGCACCUUCCAUGCAACGAAGAUAAAGGUCCAGAUACCUAGAGCUCUCUCCCAUCAGUUGGCUGAUGACUCUCGAGGAGAUCGCUAGACUACUAAAGCUCGCUUUUAUCUGGUCUGGCCAGUCGCUCGAAAGUUGUCGUAUGAAGUGGACGUUCUUAUGGAACUCUUUGUCUCAGUAACUGUUACACGUGGCUGUCUUAUUUAAAAAAAAGAGUUAAACCCCACAAUAAACUUGUUUAAAAUUUCAAAAAGAGUGACUAAUAACAAUUUGUGUGUUAAAUAAAAAACAAUGGUGCAAGAUUACAAAGAAAAGUUGUUGAAUUGAAUUAAAAUAGGCCACACUUAGUACUAUAAGUUUAAUUUUACAGACUAGUUUCCUCUAUGUGGACCUGAAAAUUUGUGUUCAUACCGCCACAUAAUAAUGGACUUGAAACACUCCAAGACUGUGGAAUCCACAACAUCAGUGGAAACAUUUGUACCUAGUAGCAAAUCUACUGAUUUCCUCCAAGAUCACUUGGAAAGUCAAAAGCCAGCAUCCGCAGAAUUUCGCGUGUACAAGAGAAGAUGGAUUGUUUUAGCAAUUUUUUGCUUGUACUCAGCAUCAAAUGCUCUUCAGUGGAUACAAUACUCUAUCAUUGCUAACAUUGUGCAACGAUACUAUGGAAUUACCAGUACCUGGGUGGAUUGGACUUCAAUGAUUUAUAUGGUGCUCUACAUUCCAUUAAUUACGCCAGCUAGUUGGAUUUUGGAUAAGAUGGGUCUUCGUUUUGCAGCUAUUUGUGGUGUAUUGGGGACAUGUCUGGGAGCAUGGAUAAAGGUGUUCUCAGUGCAACCGGAUCUCUUUUAUGUAUCAUUUAUUGGGCAGAGCAUUGUGGCAACAUCUCAGGUUUUUAUCCUGUCACUUCCGGCACGUCUGGCUGCAUUGUGGUUUGGACCCGAUCAAGUAUCUUCUGCCUGCAGUAUUGGGGUAUUUGGAAAUCAGCUUGGUAUUGCCAUCGGCUUUGUGAUGCCACCAAUUUUGGUGAGGAACCACGAUGAUCUGGAUUUGGUGGGAAAAGACCUCAAAUUUAUGUUCUACCUUGUGGCUGGCUACACUACUCUUCUGGUGAUAUUGGUAUUUAUCUUCAUUCAGCCAAAGCCUCCAACACCACCAUCGGCCGCACAAGAAGCUACUAUGUCUGUCAACCCUAUGCAAUCUUCACCAUUUAUCCACUCCAUCAAACGCCUUAUGACUAACAAGAACUAUAUCCUUCUGUUAGUGUCCUAUGGCGUUAACGUAGGUGUCUUUUAUGCUAUAUCCACCCUACUCAACCAAAUUGUACUACUUCACUUUCCUGGCCAUGAACUGGAUGCUGGCCAAAUUGGUUUGUGCAUCAUUUUAUGUGGCAUGGCGGGUUCUGUAAUUUCUGGAAUAAUACUCGAUAAAACCCACAAAUUCAAAGAGACUACCCUCGCUGUCUACGCCUUGUCCAUGGCAUGCAUGUGGAUUUACACAUUUACACUAAAUACAGGAUUGAUCUGGGUUGUCUACCUUACAUCAUCCCUAUUGGGCUUCUUCAUGACUGGCUACUUGCCUGUUGGCUUUGAAUUUGCCGCUGAGCUGACAUAUCCUGAACCGGAGGGAACAUCUGCCGGGAUUCUCAAUGCAGCAGCCCAAGUAUUUGGCAUUGCCUUCACCAUGGGCUAUGCUGAGAUUCUUAACAAUUUUGGCGACAUUGCAGCCAAUGUUACCAUGAGUGUUAUGCUUGUUGUUGGAACUGUCGUUACAGGUGUUAUUGGCUCUGAUCUCAGGCGCCAGAAAGCUCAGAAUCCUCACACCUAAAAGCUCCAUAUCUGUUCAAAACUUAUACAAUUUUUAUUUUUUUAAAAGAAACUUUACAUAUUUGAGGUAAUUAAUCAUUACGAAGAAGACAUAAAUGUCGACCUAUUUUAGUGUGUAAUAAUUCAUUGUGAUUAAAAGAAAGAAAAAAGUUACAUAUUUUUGUGAAAAUGAAAAUAAUUUUUUCUUUAAGGGAAGAAGCAUAUUUACCGUCAAGGGGUUUAUCGUAUUCCUCAAAUUUGCGCACUUUUAUUGGAAAUUUCAGUUAAAUUUGUUAUUGGUCAGCUUGUCUGAUGCCCUUACGAGCAAUUUAUUACCGAAUUAGAAGCUUUAUAUUAAAAAAAAUGUAUUUUUCGCGUUAUUAAGUCUAAUAAAGUUAUUUCGCCCACCGUUUUAUCACGAUUUUGUAAUAUUUUUUUUACUAUUAUUCUAAUGUAGCAUACUUAACUGAAAAUUUGUAAAGGAAGUGCUUAAAUCUAGGAAGAACCGUGAAGUUCUUAACGGCCAAUUGUUGAAAUUUUCCAAUUCCAGUUGAUAAAAAUCAUAGAAUUUUCCUAAUAAAUAUUUUAGUCCCAUUGCUCUCCUUGAUCGACUAAAGAUUGAAAGCAUUCACAGCUCUCAAAUUUUGAACAAAUCCGAGAACUUAAAGCUUUUAAAUAUUUUAAGAGUCUAAAUUCUAAAUAUUUGAAUACAUGUGGAUGAUGCUUAAGUCUCUCAAUUCUAAAUUUGAUUAAUGUAAAUCCAAAAGUAUUCUUUAACACGAAAUAAUUUUUUUGGGAUAAUUCAACAUAUUUCAACCUAGAUUUUCCAAACAUUCUGGAGAGGAAAAGUUGCUUUUAUACUGUGUUUUUUUUAUGAAUAAAGUGUGAGCAUGCUUUUUCAAUUAAACUAGUUUAAUAUUUGCACAUUUUUGUGCUUUUAAUCGAAAAGGAACCUGGAAAAGUUUUGUCACGGUGUUUUUCUUGAUCUUCAACAACACAAGUUUUAUUAUUGCAUUUUUUUCUCAUAGCUCGUUAACAUUAUGUUGUAUUUUUUAAUGAGUUUUGUGAGAAUCCAUUUAAACUUUAAUUGCCGUUGGUAGUAAUUGUGUUUAGACGCUUUAAAUACAAUUUUAAAGUUUUUCGCUUUCUAAAAGUACUUAGAGGAAAGUACUCUCCCUUCGAAUGUUCAUGCCUUCGAAUAAUGUGAAUUUUCUUCUAGUUUCCCUAAGAAACUUACACAUUUCUACUAAAUAUUAGUUAGGUUAUCAUCAAUUAUUUGUGAUUAUGUGAUAAUUAUUUGUAAGUCUCUUAGGAAAAAUAAAAGAAAAAUCACGUUAUUCGAAGGCAUGAACGUUCGAAGGGAGAGUACUUUCCCCUAUUUUUUACUUUGAAUUUUUGGCCCCUUAAUGAAUUUUAUCAAAGAAGAUAUUUCGUGAAAUUGUUUGUAAAUGUUUAUAAAUUCCCAUUGGGAACUGACAAAAUGUUCGCAAAUCGUAUAACCCACAGAAAGUUCGAAAAACGUUUACACUUUUUCACAAACAUUUUUCGUAAACAGAAGCACUUGACAAACAUUUUUUUGUUCUUUAACAAACAUUUGUUCGUACAUUUUUGUUUGUCUGACGAAACUUUACGAACAAAUGACAACAUUUUACUAACAUAUUUUUGUAUUUACCAACAUUUACAAACAAAUGUUUCUAAAAGAAUAAAAAUGCUUGUCGAGCGAUCAUGUUAUGAACUACCUAUGUUUAUGGAAAAAGUAUUGUACAAACAUUUACAAUCUUUUUUUGUAGAUUAUACGAUUUACAAGUUCUUCGUAAGUCCCCCUUUGCGAAUAUACAAAUAUUUAUGAAAUUUCUUUCUAUGUACAAUUUCUUUGGUCUAAACCUCUUAUAACUUUUACUGCUGCUAUUGGAAAAUUUCAACAAAUAUUAUUCUAUUCUAAGACUUAAAAAAAAUCUUUAAAAAAAAUUGCAUAGAAAUUCAUGCACUUGUAGUUGAAUAGAACAUUUAAAAACUCUUUAGUCGACAAUAAAAUUGCCGAAUAGAAAACUAUAUUCCUAUUGCUUCAAAAAAAGCACCCAUUCCCGAUUAGCUUCUUGAGAGUGAUGACUUUCACAAUAUAUGUGCUUUAACUGAAUAGGACAUAUGGAAUUUUGAAUAUAUUUUAGACAUUAGGACAAAGGAAUAAAACCACCUGCUCACGGUAAAUUGUUGUGCAACCACAAAAGAUUUUAAAUAAUAGAACUUUAGAAUUGAAAAUUGUGGUUAAAAUAGAGUUGAUAUUUUAAAAGUAAAUCUAAGAAAAUCAAUUUUGUGAUUAUUAUAUAAUUUUAAUGUUAGACACAAUGUAUAUAAAGAUGUGAAUGAAAAGAAAAUUCUGGAAUAAAAGAGAUGUUCUUCGGAAUGAAAGCAAAAAGCUAAAACUUUCUCCAUAUUAUUGAACUUACUGUGAACUAAAAUUAAAUUUUAAUAGGUUGCGUAUGGAGCUUUUUUUUAUGUAAAAUCACUUAUAAAAUAUGCAAUGAAACAAACAAUGUUUGAUUGAAUUUUCACGUCACAAAAAGGAAAAUAACAAAAAAGCUCUAUAUGCAGAUCCUAAUAAUUCAAAACUAUGUAUGUGUUAUGUGCUUUAGAGAAGAGAUUAGGGCCUAAAAGAAAUUAUGAACAAAAAUAUUAAAAAUGAUAAACUUAAUUCUAUAACAAUAGAAAUUUUAACGCAUUGAACCCGCCGUUAGAAAAAGUUUUGGGACAAUAAUUUCCCUUUGGAAGGCCAAAUAUUAGUUUAAGAGAAUUUUAGAAGUUGAAUACAUUCCUUCCUUAAUCCUUUCAGGACCAAUUGUUCGUGAAGUAUUUUGUGGAAAUAAAGGAAAUUUUGGUACGAUCGAUUUGCUCAAAAACUUCUGGCCCUGAUUGGGUUAAGCUACCAAGUUCAAUAGCCUAAACAAAAUCUACAUGUAAUCUUUAUUCUAUCAACUAUUGUGUACGUGAUGCUUCUAGAGAACAACAAAUGUUCAGAUUCAAUGGACCGUUACUGAAAGAAAAUAAAUUAUUUAUAAAUAAGACGUUACUGUA